AUGGGCGCAUCAACAGCCGGUCUCCUCCUCCUCCUCCCCGCCGCCGUCCUCGGCGCGGUGCACCACAUGUAUGUGGGCAACCUCGCCCCGCCCGCCCGCGCGUACUCGCUCCGGUUCGACGACGUUAGCCACGAGCUGGCCGUGGUCAACAACAUAAGCGCCUCAGCCCCGCACGCCUGGAUCGCCCUCAACCACGAUAAGAGCUACCUGUACGGCGUGUCGCUCCAAGACCCGCGCAUCGCCAGCUACAAGGUGCGCGGGAACGGCACCGACCUCGCGCUGGCUGGCAGGCUCGCCUUCAACGGCAGCUGUGCCGGCAAGACGUCGGCGUUUGUGCAGGCCAGCAGCCUGCCGCCGUACCGCGUCUACACGGCGGCGUGGCCGGGCCCGGAGGCGUGCGGGGCGGCGCUGGCGGUCAACUCGUCUGGCGGCGGUGGCACGGGUGCCGUGACGCGCAACACGCAGUCGUGGCGCUACCUGGCGGCCUCUGGUGUGCAUGGCCUGGCUUUCGGCAGGCGCGACAACGAGCUGAUCUACUCGGCCGACCUCAACGGCGACUCGGUUUGGACGCACAAGGUGGACGGGCCCACGGGCAUCGUCACCGAGCUGGCCAGGCUACCCGUCGCCAAAGGCUCGCACCCGCGCCACCUGGCCGCGCACCCCAACGGCACCUACCUUUACGUGCUGAUGGAGGCGGCCAACCGGCUGACGGCGUACUCGCUGGACGCCAAGACGGGCGUGCCCACGGCCGAGGAGUCGUCGUAUUAUCUUUUGCCCAAGAACAUUACGCAGACAGACAAGCAGUACUGGUCGGCCGAGGUGAUGCUCUCGCACAACUCGCGCUUCCUGUGGGCGACAGCGCGGGCGUGGGUCAACACGACCAACCACGGCUACGUCAACGGGUUCCUGCUGGACGGCGACGGCCGCGUCGCCAAGCACAUGUUCCAGGAGAAGACGACGACGACGGGCGGCUACGCCAACGCCAUCAGCCCGGCGCCCUUUGGGGACGAGUGGGCCGCCAUGACCGACGUGCCCCGCGGCUACGUGCAAAUGUGGCGGAUGACGGGGCGCAACGAAACGGAGCUGGGGGUCGAGUACACGGGCGCCGAGGCGGUGGCCAAGGUUGACAUUGCCGACGGGGGAUGCUGUGCCAAUGUGGUGUGGUACGACUAGGUUUUGGUGGUCUUUUUGGAUUGUGGAAAUAUUGUAAAAGCAAUUCUUAGCCACGGUGGUAGCAACAAUUUCCUAUUUCUUUCCAAUU